AUGCUCUAUGAUACCACAAGGCAAGAAAAAACACUGUUGAACAUGUUCUCCGAUGACAGGAAGAAAGAAGAAACACUGUUGAACAUGCUCUUCGAUGACAUAAAGCAAGAAGACACACUGCUGAACAUGCUCUUGAAUACGACGCUGCAAGAAAAUACACAGUUGCAAGUGUGGAACAAAGAGCUGAGCGAGCUUCAAAAUUCAACCCUGGAAAACGUAAUCAUUGAACAGCAAGCCUCAACGCAGCUGAGAGCAGAAAACAAGCUCCAGCGUUCAAUCCUGUUCUCUGACAAGCUGUCCUCCCUGUGGAGCUUGUGCAACAAGAGCACAAUGCAGUGCUCACGCUGCAGGCCGGGCUGGGUCGAGCACGACGCACGCUGCUUCUUCCUGUCCCAGGAAGCAGAGCGCUGGGAACAUGCUCGCCGCAUGUGCCUUGGUAUGGAUGGUGACCUGGCUGUUAUUCUGAGCACUGAAGACCAGGCGUUCUUGACCAACCUGGUAUUUAGGUUUGUAACGGAGCACCCUCAGGAAAACUUCAUGGCAGCGUGGAUCGGGUUAAAGGACAUAAUGCAGGAGGGCAACUUUGUGUGGGUCGACGGUGAGGGAAUCAAGUACGAUGUCACUUUCUGGAGAGCUGGUGAGCCAAACAACAUGCUUGCCUCCUGGGACAAAACCAAGGCAGGACAGGACUGUGUUGGCCUUGUGCCACCGGAACAAAUUGGAGAGGACUGGUUGUACAACUGGGAUGACAUUCUUUGUGCUGGCAAGCUGCCCUACCUGUGCGAGACCAAAGCUCUUAUUUUGUCCUGACUGACAAGAGCUGGGAUGUAGCAGUCGAAUCAGUUGGGAAAAGUGAAAGAAGAAAGAAAGAAUGACCUCCCCCUCUCCAGUCCUUAUCCCCCAACAUCUCCCUUUUUCUUUCCUUGUCUUCCUUUUAUCAUAUCCAUUCUGUCUGUCUCUAUUGCUCUGUCUCUCUCUACCCCACAACUCACUCACUGUCUGAAAUCACCUCAAGUAAGUUACAAGUGACAGAGGUUGUAAAUUAGUGGGGAAAAGUAUAAAACAUCUCCCUUUUUCUUCUCUUUGUCGUAUGCAUGUAUAUUAACCAUUCUGUCGCAGGGCUACAUGUUUGGGUUUACUCCGGGUGCUCCGGUUUGUCCGACUGGAAUGUGAGUCUGUUUCUGUUGUUUGUAAAAAUGAAUGCAUAUGUGACGUUGUCAUGACAUCAUUCCUACUAUAUGAUCAUACAACCCAUUCCAAAAAGGUUGGAACGCUGUAUGUAAAAUGUAAAUAAAAACACAAUAUGAUGAUAUGCA